AUUCCGUUCCUCAGAUAGAGAGAGCGAGAGAGAGAGAGGAGGAGGUGCACCAUGGAUCCCGUCCCACUCCUGCUCCUCAUAGUCACAUCUCUGCCGCUGUGCUCGGCCGUCUACACGGGGCCCCUCCAACCGGAGAUCUCCAACGGCUCCUUCCAUCACUUCUUUGUCCCGGACGGGGACUACGAUGAGACCGAAGACCCGGAAGACUGCCAGAUGCUGUUCCGAUUCUCGGAUGUGCAUCCCUGCGAGGCCUCCGAAGAGAGGGACUCCGUGGUGAGGGACGACUUCGUCAUCACCAAGAUGCAGGCUGAGGACGCGGCGCGGCUGCUGGAAGCCGUCGGCCGGACUGUGGCGCAGGACCUGGACGGAGAGGACAGCUACGGCAAGCUCCUCCAGCGGGAGAUCUCGCAGAUCGGCGAGGCUUUCUCGAGCGUGGACAAGUCUCUGCUGGAGCUGGAGGGGAAGUUCAAACAAAGUCAAGAGACUGAGCUGAGAGAGGAGCAACAGUUGAGCGGCCACGUGACGAAGCAAGUGAGCGACAUGCAGGGAACUCUGAGGGAGACUGCAGACGUCUCUUUGGGACUGAAAGACAAACAGGAGCUGCUUUCUCUCAUCGUUCGCAGUCACGGCAGCAGACUGAGCCGCCUGAAGACGGAGUACCUGAACGUCGGCUUAUAGAGAGUAUAUGUGUGUGUGUGUUUGUGUGUGUGCAUUUGACACUCCAGCUCACAAACAACUGGAAAGUUCAUUGCGGCUUCUCAAUAUCCUUCCUUGAAUAUAUCAGACUCUCCCCAUUCUUUGGACAUGUGUCAUUAAAGCAGCUCUUGCACAAACAUCCAGACAUUCCUCUGAGACUGGGGAGGGGGGGGCAUUAGUUAUGUCUUUGUGGAGCCGUCCGUGCCACCUCUGAAGACGAGUUUGAGGUACAAGCUCUCUGCCUUUAAAUCAAGUUUAUGGCUAUAUAUGUUUUCUCUGUGUGGUAUAAAUGAUGUUGUAUAUUCAAUUGUUGGUUAUUAUUGAUCAAAUAAAUACUUAUCAUUCAUCACAUCA